AUGGCCUCCGGACCUCUAACAUUUGUGACGAUGGUGGUCUUCUCGCCCGAGAAAUUCCAGGGGAACCCGCUCGCGCUGGUUUCCGUGCACGGCAAUGCUCUCUCGCAGAAGCGAAAAGCCCAGUUCGCGCGAGAGUUCAAGUUCUCCGAGACAGUAUUCCUGCACGACGCGCCGGGACCCGGGCAGCCGAGAUUGCUCGAGAUCUUCACCGAGACGGGAGAAGAGCUACCCUUUGCGGGACAUCCGAUCAUUGGCACCGCAUAUUACAUCUUCAACUAUCUCGAGAAGAUAAACUACGACGUUGCGACGCGCGACAGCCAGAAGCAAACCACCACGUUGCUCACAAAAGCAGGGCGCAUCCCCAUCUUCUUCAACCCUUACCGCCAGGUCGCCGCGUGCGUCGUGCCCACCAAUUAUCAUGUCCACUCGAAGAAGGUGGACAUUGAGAAGAUCAUCAGCACGCAGCCUCACGUUCAGAUUGUGCCGACGAUCGACAAGGAACGGGGUCGUAGCUUCCCGCUCGUCAGCAUUGUGAAGGGCAUGACCUUUGUGCUUGUCGAUUUGACGGACAACCCGGAGAUCUUUGCCGCGUUGCAAGCAGGGAAAUCACCGGAAGUGGAACUUGACGACGAAUGGGCUCCGAGUUUUGUCGGAUGCAUGUAUUAUAAGGUACUCGCGAAAAGCGAGGUCCCUGGCGAGCCUGCGAUCCAUAAUAUUCAAGCGAGGAUGAUCAGUCAUGGGAUCGAGGAUCCGGGGACUGGCAGUGCCUGCUCGGCAUUGAGUUGCUACCUGGCUUUGCAUAGCCAGAGUCAGGAGGCUGCGUCUGAGCAAAAGACAAAUCCUCCUGAGGCGUCGCCACAGCCAGCCGCAUCGACCGAGGAAGGGAAGCCUACUGCUAAUGCAGACCUGGUCAAAAAGACCGAAGGCCUAAAAGUAGGAGAUACGAAGAUUGAGAGGAAAGUGUUCGGUAUUCAGCAAGGUGCCGAGAUGGGCAGGCUUUGUACCAUCGCUGUCGAGGUCGAUGUCAAGACCGAAGCGGACGGGAAGAAGAGCAUUGCAAGUGUCAUUCUGUCGGGCAGGGCGAAUUUGAUGCUCAAAGGAGAUGUCAUCGGGUUCUGA